AUUCUAGUAGUGUAUUCGGUGUCGAUGAAGUGUGUCGUUCAUUCGCACUAAAUUACAUUAGAAUCUCAAAUAAUUAAAACAAAUACUUAUUUUAUAUGUGCAUAAAAGUGUGGUAAAGCAUUUCGUGAUAUAAAAAAUAUUAUUUUAGGAAGUUUUGUUUUGUAAGUGUUGUUCAAUACAUUUUAAUGAGAGAUUUCUAAAUCGUAAUGGACUUCGUGAUUGGUGGCCUGGCGGGUGCUGGGGCGACCAUAUUCACCAACCCCAUGGACGUUGUAAAGACCAGAUUCCAGCUGCAAGGCGAGCUGCGGGCGAGGCACGAGCAUACGGCGCGGUACCGCGGUAUAUUACACGCCCUCUACGUCAUUGGGAAGAAUGAUGGUAUACUCGCGCUGCAAAAGGGCCUCGCCCCCGCUAUGCUACUGGGAUUCACUAUGAAUUCUGUUAGAUUAGGAAUGUACCAUAUAGCUGAGGUGCAAGGUUGGACAAAGUGUAAGGACGGCGAGAUCAGUAUUAACAAGACCAUGUUCUGGUCUAGCGCGAGUGGCGUGAUGAGCGGUCUCGCCGCAAACCCAGUCUCUGUGGUCAAGACUAGGAUCCAAGCAGCCGCGCAUCCCAGUAUCGCUGUUGGACGACAAUACCGGUACAAGGGUAUGUUUGAUGGUUUCAUCACAAUCUAUAAGAGCGAGGGUUUAGCUGGUUUCUUCGCUGGUGUGAACGCGACCUGUGCAAGGCUGGCAGUCGGCAGCGCAGCACAGCUCACGACAUUUUCCACACUGAAAGAAUAUAUCUUAGGGUUGGGUUACUGUGAGAAUGCACCAGUGAAGCUUGCGUUCGCGGCGAGCAUUGUGUCGGGCGUGUUGUGUGUCCUCCUUGAGACUCCACUGGAUGUUGUCAAUACGCGUCUUUACAAUCAGGGUCCAGCAUCAACAGGUGAGCGACUCUAUAAUGGCGUGCUCGACUGCCUCACGAAGAUUUACACAAAAGAAGGCCUUCACGGACUCUACAAAGGGCUAGGACCACUCUACUUAAGAAUAGCUCCCCAUACAACACUGUCUCUAGUCAUAUGGGAUAUGUUAAAUAAUUUAUUUGAUAAAAAUAAACACAGUUGACAUUAAAAA